UAGCUGCAUUUUCCAGAACUGGCACCACCAGCCGUGGAAACUGUUUUGGUUACAAAGAAAUAAUGCACAAUUAAUCGGGUUUUAUUGUAGUCCGCCAUUGCCAAGGCCAAGGGCACCGCCACCGCCACCCCGGCCACUGGCGCAGCAUGGACAAGCUACGCAGCGGCAGUGCUGGCACCCACCAACGCACCUCCUCCCCGGGACAAGGCCCACUGGCUGAGCAACACCAUGUCGAGCAGUAUCCCAAGAACCUGAUCGAGCAAUAUCUGCGUGCCUCCAACAAAAUCAAAAAGUUUGAGCGUGCCGGCUUUUUCAAACGCUUUGCGCCCAGUGUGAACGAUGUGCAGGCGGACUUCCAGAGGCUGGCGUACAGCUUCGAGGAGUCGGGCAUCAUGCAGUACGCGGCCAUGUGCCACGUUGGCUAUGCCAAGUGCGAGUCCUUUGGGGGGGCGCCGCAGCGCGAGUCUGAGGCGUAUGUGAGGGCCGCCCGUGCCUUCCUGCAGGCCCACAACGAGUUCGGGCUCCUCCACAUGCGCACCCAGCACAGCGGCUUCCGGGAGGGUGCCCUGCACUGCUACCACAAGGCAGCGGAGCGCGUUGUGGACGGCUGCGUCUUCAAGGCUGCCAUUCUCCGCGAGCUGCAGCAGCUGCAGCGACAGUUGGACCGCACCAGCAGCUUCGCCUCGCCCACCCACCAGAUCCACGACCUGGAAAUGAGCGCUGACCUGAGCACACAGCGUGAGGACUACCGCAGUGCCCUCCAACACUACGACGACAUCGUUGACAACAUAUACGAGCGCCGGGGUGCACUGAUGUACACCGAUCUGCUCAGGCGCGUGGAGGUCCUGCGUCUACUGCUGCUGGUCCACCUGAAUCUGCCGCCUGCCCGGCAAUCGCCCGCCCACAUCAAGCUCAUCGAGCACUACUACAGCCUCGCCCAGUUCGAGGCGAGCCCCUGUCCGGGCUACAACAGUGAGCUGGUAGAGCGGCCCGGCGCCUUUUUGCCCCAGCAGCAGCAGUACGCAUUGGCCGAGAUCAUCUGUGCCUGGGUUGAGCGCAAAAUGUGCUAUCUCAAGCAUCUACUCCGUGACUUUGCAGCCGAAUUUAGUUCGGCAAGCACUGCCGAGCGCCAGCUGGUUAAACUCAUCUACGCGGACCUCUCCACAGUGUACUAGCCGCGAGCAAGCACGGCUCGCCACGGCAUUGUGCGAGUAUCAUGGAUUGUAGCAAAUGGUAUAUGAUACGGAUACACACACAUCCAUAUAUAUGAUUAUUUUAUUACGAUUAUUGAUUAGCAUUAGCACACGUAACCAGUAUCGUUUAAGUGUAACCAAGUCUACCAUUCAACCUUUGAACGUGCCUACACUCGUACACGCAAGAAACGAGAAAACGAAUGAACCACAUAAAUCAGAAAGCAGGAAGCAGCAGCAGGUAAGAGGGAGCCAGCCCGUCGGCUCACCGAAGUCUAUAUAUGUAUGUACCCUUGCAGUUGGACGUUGAUUAUUGUUAGUUCGGUUCUGUUCUGUUCUGUCUGCUGUUGAUCACUUGAUUAUAACAUAACUUCGACCGCUCUUUUCCUAUGGCAGCUGUGUGAUAUAGUCAUUCGAUUUGUUUCCCUUUUUGGAGAUAAAUAUUUAAUUGCAAUAUUUACAAAAAUAUACCCUAAGAUAUCUUCUCAACAAGUUAAAAUUAUUACAGAGAGACACACUCCUGUAGAUUCUGUGAAAUUUAUCAUGAAAACUCUGAACACAAUCUAUGUGAAUGCACUGCACUCUAUAGAAGGAUAUUUAGACAGUUCCCCCUUCCAAGAUUUGGGCAAUAGAACCCACUAAAGUGCUUCAACUCAUUGAACCCUUAGAAACAUAAAGGGAUCUUCCAAAUACUCCUACUGGCCAGUACAAAAAGGCUUUUUAAUAAUAGUAUUGUUUGCUAAUGUAGUGCAGCGAUCUAUUACAUUCCAACAACAUAUAUAAUCCAGAUCUAUCAGAAACGAAGACCAUAAAGAGAAUGCCUAAAGCAGAGUGAUGUGGAAAGCAGAUGUUCAUAGGAAAAGGCUCCCUAAAAUCUUUAAAUAUUCUCUCGGAGUUGCUUCCUCACAUUUGCAAAACUGCAAGGGUAUAUUAUGAAAAACUUGCAGCAAUAAAGGGAAUCAUAUAUGAUACAUAAAUGCGCUAACAAAUGUUAAAUCAUCUAAAAGCACACAGAUUUGAAAAUUGUACAAUAAAGCAAAGCAAAUGGAGAUUACCUCAAACAA